UUCUCCAGCAGUCGCAGCUCCGGGUCCCAGAACCGAGUCCUACGUCACGGUUCUGACCACGCGUGACCCGCUGCCCAGCCGGCCCAGCCGUCAGGUGGUCCGUGUGUCCCUGACAUGUCGUCCUGCAGCCGCGUGGCCCUGGUAACCGGGGCUAAUAAAGGCAUCGGCUUUGCGAUCACGCGUGACCUAUGUCGCAAAUUCUCUGGGGACGUGGUGCUCACGGCGCGGGACGAGGCACGGGGCCGCACUGCUGUGCAGCAGCUGCAGGUGGAGGGCCUGAGCCCACGCUUCCACCAGCUGGACAUCGACGACACGCAGAGCAUCCGUGCGCUGCGCGACUUUCUGCGCAAGGAGUACGGGGGACUUAACGUGCUGGUCAACAACGCGGGCAUCGCCUUUAGAAUGGAUGAUCCCACGCCCUUCGACAUUCAAGCUGAGGUGACACUGAAGACGAACUUUUUUGCCACUAGAAAUGUCUGCACUGAGUUACUGCCCAUAAUGAAACCACAUGGUAGAGUGGUGAAUGUCAGCAGUCUGCAAGGGUUAAAAGCCCUUGAGAACUGUAGUGAAGAUCUUCAGGAAAGGUUCCGAUGUGACACACUUACCGAGGGGGACCUGGUCGACCUCAUGAAAAAGUUUGUGGAGGACACAAAAAAUGAAGUCCACGAGAGAGAAGGUUGGCCAGACUCAGCUUACGGAGUGUCCAAGCUGGGGGUGACAGUCCUUACGAGAAUCCUAGCCCGGCAGCUGGAUGAGAAGAGGAAAGCAGACAGGAUUCUGCUGAAUGCUUGCUGCCCGGGAUGGGUGAAGACCGACAUGGCGAGGGACCAGGGCUCCAGGACCGUGGAAGAGGGGGCCGAAACCCCUGUUUACUUGGCCCUCUUGCCUCCGGAUGCCACUGAGCCUCAUGGCCAGCUAGUCCGUGAUAAGGUUGUGCAAACAUGGUGAACAUCUGCUCUAGGGCUUAACAGUUUGAUAAACGUUAGCGGGAGAGAUGAAUGCGGGCUGGUGUGGUUUGAUUCUUUCCCACACGGAGGAGGAAGGUCCGUUCCUAUCUGGUGGCUCUACAAGCUCAGUCUGAACAAUUCGCUGUGUCCAAACUCUCUUAGCUCAUCGUGUUUUCAUCUGGGUAAUGUGCCUGCUUUGUUUUUCAAAUUAAAAAGAUUUAUUUGUUUUAUUUUAUGUA